CAGAGUGGAGUGAGUGGAGAGUUGUGGUGGAUAAGGGGAGUCCACCGUUACCUUGAACAGAGGAUACACCAGUCUACAUCCCUGGAAAGCCUGCACGCAGGAAGACAAAACGGGGAAGUUACCGUGUAACAUCAAGAUGUACCCUACCGUGGUGCUUCUAUUGGUCAGCGUCGCCCUGGCGCAAGAGCCGGAGCUGGGCGAUGUGUGUACACAGGGCAGCUGUUACCCCGCAACAGGAGACCUCCUCAUCGGCCGAGCCCAUCAGCUCUCUUCCACUUCCACUUGCGGUGUCGUCAAGCCAGAACCCUUCUGCAUCGUCAGUCAUCUUCAGGAUGAGAAGAAGUGCUUUGUUUGUGAUUCCACUGAGACCUACAGCGAGAAGAUGCAUCACACGACCAGCCACAGGAUCGAAAACGUCGUCACGACGUUCGCCCCCAACCGCCUGAAAACUUGGUGGCAGUCGGAGAAUGGUAUGGAAAAUGUCACCAUCCAGCUGAAUCUGGAAGCAGAGUUUCACUUCACCCAUCUGAUCAUGACCUUCAAGACCUUCCGCCCUUCAGCUAUGGUGAUUGAGCGUUCCUCUGAUUUCGGCAGGACAUGGCAGGUCUACCGUUACUUUGCCUACGACUGCGAAUCCUCCUUUUCCUUCGUCUCCCAAGGGCCAAUGAAGAAAGUGGAUGAUGUAAUCUGCGACUCGCGCUACUCUGACAUUGAGCCUUCCACAGAAGGCGAGGUCAUCUUCCGAGUUCUGGAUCCAGCAUUCCGCAUUGAUGACCCAUACAGCCCCAGAAUUCAGAACAUGCUGAAGAUCACCAACCUGAGGGUCAACUUCGUCAAGCUCCACACGCUGGGAGACAACCUGCUGGACUCUCGCGUGGAGAUCAAGGAGAAAUACUACUACGCCCUGUACGACAUGGUCGUCAGGGGCAACUGCUUCUGCUACGGCCACGCGUCCGAGUGCGCACCCGUAGAUGGCGCUGCUGUGACCGAGGGCAUGGUUCAUGGCCACUGCAUGUGCAACCACAACACCAAGGGCCUAAACUGUGAGAGGUGCCAGGACUUCUACCACGAUCUCCCCUGGAGACCUGCCGAGGGACGCAACACCAACGCCUGCAAAAAGUGCAACUGCAAUCACCAUUCGCACGAGUGCCACUUUGACAUGGCGGUCUUCUUGUCGUCGGGCAACAUCACCGGGGGUGUUUGCGACGGGUGCAAACACAACACUAUGGGCAACAACUGCGAACAGUGCAAACCCUUCUUCUACCAGCACCACGAGCGGGACAUUCGCGACCCCAACAUCUGCGAGCCCUGUAACUGUGACCCGGUGGGCUCUCUGAACGGUGGCAUCUGUGACGCUCUGACGGACGUGUCUGGUGGCCUGAUCGCGGGCCAGUGCCGCUGCAAACCCAACGUGGAGGGAGAGCGCUGUGACCAGUGCAAGCAGGGACACUACGGACUCAGUGAAGACCCCCUGGGCUGCAAACCAUGCACCUGUAAUGCCCUGGGUACGGUGCUCGGAGGAAACCCGUGCGACGCAGACACUGGAAGCUGCUACUGCAAACGUCUGGUCACUGGUAGAAACUGUGACCAGUGUAUGCCGGAGCAUUGGGGUCUCAGCAACGACAUGGACGGAUGUCGGCCCUGCGACUGCGACAUGGGCGGAGCUCUCAACAAUAACUGCUCUGCAGAGACGGGCCAGUGUCAGUGCCGAGAGCACAUGUUUGGACGCCGCUGUGACCAAGUGGAGUCUGGGUUCUACUUCAUUGCUCUGGACCAUUACACUUACGAAGCAGAGGACGCCAAAUUUGGGCCUGGUGUGACAGUGGUACAGAGACCCUACCCAGUGGACAGGACUCCCACCUGGACCGGCAUCGGGUUCGUGAAUGUCCCGGAAGGAGCGUACUUGGAGUUCAACAUCGAUAACCUGCCCCACUCUAUGGAGUACGACAUUCUCGUGCGCUAUGAGCCUCAGCUGCCGGAGCAAUGGGAGGAGGUGCUGAUGACGGUGAUCAGGCCCCGAGUGAUCACCCCAGACAGCAGGUGUGCCAACACCAUGCCAGAGGACGACAACCAGCGUGUCUCUCUACACCCUGGAUCCAGGUAUGUGAUGCUCCCCAGGCCGGUGUGUUUGGAGGCCGGCCUCAACUACACCAUCCGCCUCAGCCUGCCCCUCUACUCCACGCUCACCGACAUCCAGUCCCCAUACACCCUCAUCGACUCUAUUGUGCUGAUGCCCCACUGUAAGAACUUGGACAUCUUUACUGGCUCCGAGGGAGGUGACCUGGUGACCAAUAAUGCGUGGGACACCUUCCAGCGCUACCGGUGCUUUGAGAACAGCCAGGGCGUGGUCAAGACCCCCAUGACAGACAUCUGCAAGGACUACAUCUUCAGCGUGUCUGCCCUCCUGCACUCCGGAGCUAAAGCGUGCGCGUGUGACCCUAUGGGCUCUCUGAGCACGGUGUGUGACCCCAACGGCGGCCAGUGCCAGUGUCGUCCCAACAUCAUCGGCAGGAACUGUGACCAGUGCGCCCCCGCCACCUUCCUCUUCGGACCCUCUGGCUGCAGAGCCUGCGAGUGUAACCCCCAGGGUUCACUGCAUGCCUUCUGUCAUGAGGCCACUGGUCAGUGUGACUGCGUGCCCGGUGCGUAUGGCCGCCAGUGUGACCGCUGCCUGCCACGUCACUGGGGCUUCCCCAGCUGCCGCCCCUGCACCUGCAACGGCCACGCCGACUCCUGCGACGCACACACCGGGGAGUGCCUGGGCUGCCGAGACCACACCGCCGGACACAACUGCGAGAGAUGUCUCAGCGGUUACUACGGUGACCCAGUUCUGGGCUCCGGGGACCACUGCCGGGCGUGCAUGUGCCCCGACGGACCAGGAAGUAACCGCCAGUUUGCCGGCGAAUGCUACAAGAGCCACGACUCCUUCCAGGUGUUCUGCGUCUGCAGUCCUGGAUAUACAGGCCCCAGGUGCGACGAGUGUGCCGCCGGGUACUAUGGCAACCCUCACGAGGCGGGUGGCAGCUGCCUGCCGUGCCAGUGCAACAGCAACAUCAACAUGAUGGACCCAGGGUCCUGCGACGCGGCCACGGGCGUCUGCCUCAAGUGCCUGCACCACACCGAGGGCCAGGACUGCGGCCGCUGCAAGCUGGGCUACUAUGGCAACGCUCUCACUCAGAGCUGCAGAAAAUGCAUCUGUAACAUCCAGGGCACUGACCAGCAGUCGUGUCCGUCUCUGGGCGAGUGCCACUGUGAGCGCUCCAGUGGGCAGUGCCAGUGUCUGCCCAACGUGGUGGGCCAGCACUGCGACCUGUGUGCCCCCGACACCUGGAACAUGGGCAGUGGCAAGGGCUGCGAACACUGUGACUGCAGCCCAGACCACUCCUACGGCUCCUCCUGCAAUGAGAUCACGGGCCAGUGUUCCUGCAAGCCCGGCUUUGGAGGCAGAACAUGUCACGAGUGCCGAGAGUUAUUCUGGGGCAAUCCAGAGGUGAAGUGCCAUGCUUGCGACUGCGACCAGAGAGGCACCGCUGAGCCUCAGUGCAACAAGAUGUCGGGUCACUGCGUGUGUGUGGAGGGCGUGUCGGGCCCCAGGUGCGACACCUGCGCUCGCGGCUACUCCGGAGAGUUCCCCCGCUGCGUACGCUGCCACCAGUGCUUUGCCGAGUGGGACGCCAUCGUGGGAGAGCUGACCAAUCAGACCCAUCGACUGGUGCAGAAGGUCAACACCAUCAAGGCCAGUGGCAUCACAGGGCCCUACCAGCAGACCAUCGACAGCUUUGAGAAGAGCGCCAGCUCCAUCCGCAACAUCCUGGCCCAGAACCCCGCCACACAGCCCCUCACCGAGAUCCAGCAGCUACUGCAGCAGACCACGGAUCUGGUGUCGGAAAUGAGCAACAAGUUGAAUCUGACCGAAGAGGCCCUGUCCAAGGUUUCCGACGAGGGCAACGUCACGGACACUAAGUUGGAGGCGCUGAGAGAAGAUGCCCAGAAGCUGGAGCGCACCGCCAAAGAGCUUCUGGAUCAGGUGGAGUUUGUGAAGAACUCAGAUGUGCGAGGAGCCACAGACAGCAUCACCAAGUACUUCCAGCAGUCCCUGGCAGCAGAGACCAGGGCCAACGCCUCCAGCACCGACCCAGACAGCACCGUGGAGCAGUCGGCCUCCCUCAGGCAGACCGUGGAGCAGAGGAUGAACGAGACCCAGGACGAGUUCAUUAACAAGCAGGAGGAACACGCCAAGAGGCUGGAUGACCUCGCUGGACAACUGGAGACCCUCAGUCUGGCUGAGCUUAGCGAAAAGACGUGUGGUGCUCGUGCCGGGUCUGAGGCCUGUGCCGACUCCCCUUGUGGGGGCCUGAGCUGCGUGGAUGCAGAGGGCAAGCUAAAGUGUGGCGGCGAGGGGUGCCAAGGUCUGGCCACGCUGGCAUCUGGAGCCAGGCAGAAGGCCAAGGACUUUGAGAAGGAGAUCAGUGGUGCCAUGGAGGAAGUGGAGAAACUGUCAAAGCUUGUUACUGAGGCUAAGAUCAAGGCCGACCAGGCCAAGCUGAGUGCUCAGGACGUGCUGCUGAAGACCAACGAGACCAAGCAGCGCGUGGACCAGAGCAACGAGGAGCUGAGGACCCUCAUCAAGCAGAUCAGAGACUUCCUCACACAGGAUGGAGCUGACCUGGAGAGCAUUGAGGCAGUGGCUAACGAGGUGCUGGAGAUGCAGAUGCCCACCACCCCCGCCCAGCUGCAGAACCUGACCGAUGAGAUCCGGGAGCGCGUGGGCAGCCUGGCGGACGUGGAGGACAUCCUCAACCAGAGUGCCGCCGACAUCCAGCGCGCAGAGAGCCUGCUGGAGCAGGCACGCAAGGCCAGUAAGGAGGCUCAGGAUGUGAAGGACACGGCGAUGAUGGUGCGGGCGGCUCUGGAGCAGGCGGAGAAGGCCCAGAACGCGGCCACAGAGGCCAUCCAGCAGGCCUCCACCGACAUCAGAGGCACCAACGACCUCAUCGCCUCCGUGGAAUCUGAAACGGCGAGCUCGGAGUUCAAGCUGAACAACGCCACCCAGAGGCUGCAGGGGCUGGAGAAGCACGUGGCCUUGCUGAAGGAGAAGGCCAGCAACACCACCAGCACCGCAGAGAAGGCAGACAAGGAUAUGGAGGACAUUAACAAGGUGGCUGAGAAGCUCAAAAAGGACCUGGACACUGACAUAAAGGACAAAUACAGCACAGUGGAGGACCUGAUCACGCAAAAAGCAAGUGGCAUCUCAGACGCUAAGAAGAGGGCAGAGACGCUACAGCAAGAGGCCAAAGACCUGCUGCUACAAGCCAGCGACAAACUGCAGCUCCUAAAAGACUUGGAGAAGUCGUAUGAUGACAAUCAGCAGACGUUGGAGGACAAAGCCAAUCAGCUGGUGGACCUGGAGAAAGCCGUUCGGGAACUGCUACAGGAGAUCAGUCACAAAGUCACUCUCUACAGCACAUGUCUGUAGAACAUCAGACCAUCUCAUCUCCACAAGUGUCCACUCCAGGGUUGCCUUUUUCCAAUGAAGUUGAACUGAAAUAUCCACUUUAGCGCAAUGUAAAGGUUUAUAUAACAAAAAUAUGCAUUAAAAUGAAGCAAUACACAAAAGACAUUAUUGAGGAAAAGCCUAUCCCACCAAAGCCUUUGUUAAAAAAAAAAUGUCAGUUUGAAUAUCGAUGCAAUGUUAAACCUAAAUUAUAUUUUAAAAGUCAAAGUGCCUAUCAGAAAUUCUUUUUCUACUCAAAGGUUGUGUAAACCAAAAUGUUUUGUGAAGACUUGAAUCAAAUAAAGGUUGUUUUUUAAUA